UCGGGUCGAAUUCCGAGUCUUGCAUGCUGAAUUCAAUGGUUGUUGCUUGCGACAUCAAACUGCUGCGUCAUCACCGGAGCUGUUGCCGCUCCGUGUUCUCGGUUAAUCGUAAGUCCGGAUUGGGCUCCUGUUAUUGUAUGUUACAAUUCAAGCUGUUUCGGUUGUUGCGGAAGUGGAUAAAGCUGAGGUUACGGUUGCUGCUGUCGCUGAGGAAGAAGAGGUUUUUGACGCGUUUUGGUUUUGCGAGUUUGGACUUUGAGCAGCUACAUCAUGAUUUGUAUUCCAAGCACUCUCUGCUAACGGAGAAGAACGGUAAGCAAAAGUAAUAACCGCAAACACCGCAGCUCUAGGUAACAGACAGAAUAAACACAACCAAGCAAGGCAAGGAGGAACAUUACGCACUAAUAAAACAGAGUCGAAAUGGAGUAUUAUGGCAAGAUAAGGUACAAUAGAAUUUGUCUUACUAGAAAAGAAACAAGAGAAUGGGAACGGAGAAGCUAUAGCUUUGACAACAUUUCCUUUCAACAAUCAGAACGGCGAAUAAGGGCACAACCGAGCAGAAAUGGCAAGCCAAUGACGAUGGUAGCAUUAAUCUGAGUGAUUAAGGCAGCAAAGACACCAACAAUAAUUAAAACGAUGGAAUAGAAUGAAAGUGGAACAGGGUUCAAGAAAGCAAGAAACAGGGUUACCGGUGAAUCUGGCCCGGAAGGCAGCAACGUAGGCAAGGCUUACCCUCGGCGGUGAGAAGCGGUGGUGGCAACUCUGGUGAUGACAAGGCGCGGUGGUGGCUU